UCUCCUUCCCUUCCCUUCCAGAAUGUUCCCCAAAUGGCUGAAAUCACAGAAGACAAACAGUGGAAACUCCUCACCGAAAUCACCUUCGCAUUUCUCUUUCACUUCAUUCAAAGACAUCAACUCGAUCCUCAAAGAAGACGAAGCCUUCCGCUCCUACCCCUCCGUUUUCCACCGCUUCAAGCUCUCCACCUCCCUCUCCCGCUCCUUAUCGGCGAACGGCUACCGCUCCGAUGACCGUAUCGUGCUUUACUUCACUAGUCUCCGCGUUGUCCGUAAGACGUUCGAGGACUGCAAGACCGUCAGGUCGAUCCUGCGCGGAUACGGAGUGCCGAUCGACGAGCGAGAUUUGUCGUUGGACUCGAAUUCCGUCGACGAGUUGCAGGGGAUCUUCGGACGGAACGAGAUGAAGAGGUUUACAUUACCGUUGGUUUUUAUCGGCGGGAAAUACAUCGGUGGGGGCGAGGAUAUCAAGCGGUUACAUGAGUGUGGGGAACUGAAGAAGCUGAUUGGUCAGUCACCUAUUGUUGUGGGGUCCAGUGUCUGUGAUAUGUGGAGGGCUCAGAUUUGUUCUUUGUCGUGAGUGUAAUGGUAGCCAUAAGAUCUAUUGUGAAAAAUCUGGGUUUCGAACUUGUAACGAGUGUAACGUUAACGGUCUCGUUAGG